GGGAGUGGAUGGCACUCGUGUAAAAGUACAACAACUUGUUCGAAAGCUCCUAAACCUGGCGGUAAUUCUAAUUUUUCGUUGCGCUCUCCAGCAACUGCGACGGGUGGUGCGGGAAAAAUAAAGUGGACCUCGUCGGCAGCAGCGGCGUCCUGUGACGUGUUACCACCUCCCACGCACGACGGGGCAGAAGAUGAGUCUCGACGACAGCAGCAGCAAAAUCGUGUAGUUGAGUGGCGUACUACGGGGACGCCGUCAGGCUCCUCCCCAAUCAGUACACUCAAGGGAGUAUCAAAUGUAAAAAUGUCUGGGUCUGGAAGAAUGCGCGAUUUGUCAUGCAGCUUUUCCAUCACCCAUGAAGCCUGGAAUGCAGGACCUAGCAUGACAGAUUUUGUGCGAUCUCUCUCAUGCCUGUCCUGCAUGAGAAACUCCCUCCCGACUUGGUCAAAACUGGGCGACUUUUGGUAAUCAUGCAACACAGAUUUUUGCAUGCUUCAGAUUUAGCAUGACAGGUUGCAUUGUUCCAGACCCAGACAUUUUUACAUUUGAUAGGGAGAACGAAGCCGGUCCCACUCGCUCUCGUCCACCCGAGCCUCAACGAAGUGGAUAUGGGGUUCUCAAACGUUACAUUCCCAACUGUUACAUGAAUUUGUCAUGUGAAAGCACCAUCAUCAUCCUCACGAUCAAGCUGCUCCGCAUGACAAAUUUGCGAAGGGCCAAACCGCACCUAAAUAUCAUGUGCCAAAUCUGUCAUGCAAAAGGCGCAAUCUUCGCCCUUGCAGUUUUGCCAUUCUUGCAUCACAAAUUCACGUAACAGUUGAGAAUGUAACAGUUGAGAACGCCAUAGUGGACCGCGAGGACACGGACGGCUGCUUCCAGCAUCGAUUUUGACGACCCAACAAAUGCGUCGGCCGUGCUGCUCACCGAGGAAAAGCUCCCCCUGAUCUUUUCCCCCACACAAAAAAACACCACUGCGGACGACGUUCUGAUGGGAAACGCAACAACUACUGACGAUAUAUUUCAAGGUGAUGAAAUGCAACAACCAGAAGCAGUAGUUCUUUCUCCAUCUCCAGCUAUGAAGAAAGCGAACUCGGGCUCCACACAGGAUUCCAACGCGAGGUCUUCCUGUUCUACCGCAGCGACUUCUUCGAACCCAACGGUGUCUUCCGCGUCGACGCGAGCGCCGGCGUUUAUGGGUGUUUCAGGAUCGAAAGCGACGAAGUUGAAAUAACUUGUUAUGCAUAAAAUCGAUACCAGUUGGAAGCCCAAUUUCUAAGCGGUGCAUGAUAAAUUUUCGGAGCACCGGAAUCCAAUUUGUCAUGCUGCUUGGGCACAGAAGACUGCUUUUGUCAUGCUCCUUUAGCAGCACUAUCCCAAACACUAAAUAGGCUCACAAUUUGCCUCACUUGCCAUCCCGGCAAGAGAGGCACUUCAUGCCUGGCAUUUUAUGCAUGGCAAAUCAUUUCAACUUUGUCGAUUUCAAACCUGACGCAACCAUAGCGCUGUCGCCGCCUUCGGGGACCAGUGCGGGAACUGGGUUAUCAAAUGGAAAAAUCCCUGGAUGUCUGGAAACUUGUGAUGCUGAGUGGCGUAGCAUACGGAGGCCACAAGUGCUGGCUCAGCAUGACAAAUUUCUGAGCUUGUAUGUUUUGCCUAUUCUGCAUGACAAACUGCGUCUCCGCAUGACAGAAAAAAUCGUCUCUUGGGCAAUGCGCAUGACAGAUUUAAGAGUCAUGCCAGACAAGCAUGACAAACAUGCAUUCUUCCAGACCCAGACAUUUUUACAUUUGAUAUGGGUGCUAUUCGAACAAGAAUAUGAUGAUGGUGAGCAAGCAGGACAGCGGCAGUUGUGCGAGCAGUUGUUCCGUCGCCUGCUUCGCCAGCUGCGGGGCCGCGACCUCCACUCCAGGUGGCUUCCUGAGUCCUCCCGGGGAUUCGCACCGAUCCUUUCAGGGAUUGCGGUUGCAGCGGACGGCGUCCGGGGAACAAGACGAUGGUGAGCAAGAUGAAGACGAAAUAACGGGAAGAUCUACUAGUAACCGUCGCAAUGGUGCGCGGUUUGGAGAACUGGCAAAUAAUAGCUUCAUCCGGGAGGAGCAUGCUGAUCUACCGGAAGAUCAUCGCAUUGACGAUGACGAGGACGAACAAGAGUCGGACGUCGACGAGCCGCGCAUGACCCGGGCGAUCAGCAUGCUAGACGAGCACAUGACCGAGAAAGUAAUCGCGGACUUCUUGACCGCGUGUGAACUGGAAAGAAAAGCGAACGAGUCUCCGGUCUUUCCACCGACAGGAGAUCUUCCAAGUGGUCGUGACGACGUUCAGAACCGAAAGGUAAUUACUGGUUAUCAAAUUUAAAGAUGUCUGGGUCUGGAAGAUUCUGAGACUUGUCAUGCACGUUUUGCAUGAGCCCUGAUGUCUGUGAUGCAUGCCCUAGCAUCACAGACUUUUUGAGGGCUUCUUGAUGCCUAUUCCGCAUGACAAAUGCCCUCCCCGCGUAGCAAGCAUUACGCUCCCUUUGCUGCUCAUGCAAUACAAAUUUUUUUCGAAUCCAGAGACAGCAUCACAAGUUCCAACCUUACAGACCCAGACAUUUUUGCAUUUGAUACUGGUAACGACACAACGAUGUCCUGCCCGCAUCACAGCGUUUUCGAGGAUUCGGUCGGAAAAGAGUUCUUCAACAACCCUGAGACUAUCCUGUGCAAAAGUAUCGUACUCGUACUGCAAUCAUGCAUUACAAAUCUUUUUCUCAAGGUCAAUCAGCAUUACAAAUUUUAUAUAUUAUUUCUCAUGCUGAGGAAAUUCAAAUUUGUAAUGCAUUUAUACGAGUACGAUACUUUUGCAAUUCAUAGACACAGGCUCGAGUUCUUUCGCGGGGGCAGCAGGAUCCUCAAGCCUGACGCAAUCCGCGGACGUUUUGUCGUCUACAACCUCUACAAAGACGAAGCCAAAAACGACUACCGUGGUGCGGCGAAGUUCCGGCAGCACUACUUUGUCAAAAAGCAGUUUCGGUUCCUCCAGUUCCGCUGCUGACAAAGAAAUAACAUCAGGGAAAACAACAAGCAAGCCGUCUUUAUUACUUGGCGACGAUAGUACUACCGGCUGCCGCCGCGUACCCAGGCGGCGCCGAACCGUUCCCCAGGCGAUCGAGACCGAUUUGGACCACGAGGAGCAACUGUUUGUGCAACACCACAGUGGAGGUGCAACAACCAGGCUCAACUCCGCACUCGGAGCGGCUGCGGGUGGUGGCUCUUGCAACACGAUCGCGUCUAUCAAAUGCAAAAAUGUCUGGGUCAGGAAGAGUCAUGCCGUUUUUGCAUGACACAGAAGGUCUGGCAUUGAAGCUCUAGCAUCACAGGUUUCGAGAAGCGUUCGCAAUGCCGAAUCCGUAUGACAAAUCCCCCUCUUUGGUGACAGAAAGUGGGCAACUUUUGCUGCCUAUGCACGAGAGAUUUUUCUGUGUUCUGAAAUGCGCAUCACAAGUUUGUAUUCUUCCAGACCCAGACACCUUUGCACUUGAUAGCGUCCUCUCACCUCGCCGAGCCCUUCGUCCCAAUCCGGAUCUCCCCGGGCGGAACGGUUAUUCUGGGUAAAAACGUCACCACCCCAUAGUCAAGAUGGGAAAUCUGCUAGACAAAUCAGCCAGCUUUGGUUGUUUCGCAUCACAGGUUUGUCCUCGUAGUGUGAAAAUCCUGUUUAGGUAGUUCAGCAGCAUCACAGAUCUAGCCUUUUAUGCUGCUUGGAGCAUUACAAAUUUCAAAACACGAAUAGAAAACCCUUCCCAUGGAGCUCCGCAUGAGAAAUGUUUUCAGCAUGCAGAUUUGCAUGACAACUACGGGGUGGGGACGUUUUUACAUAGGAUAACGGUGCAGGGGUCUUCCUGUCCGAACGUGCGACGGGUUCGCUUCACGAUGCAGCAGCCUCUGGACAUUGUCACGAAGUCAGCCGCGGUCGCGCGGGUGCUCCUGGAGUUCGGCGCGGACGUGGAUGCCGCGGUGAAAGCGCCCCUGUUCCGGUCUACGAAGCCGCUCUUCGGUGCCUGGGUUCGGUUCGUAUGAAAUGCAAAGGCAUCGUACUCGUAUAAAUAGCGUGGGAGAUGAAAUCUGUAUUGCGGAUUUACCUUAAGAAAAAGAUUUGUAAUGCAUGACUGCAAUUACUACGGUACGAGUGCGAUGCUUUUGCAGUUCAUAGUUCGACACGGAGGUGAACAACCGCUUACCCCCGAACAUUGAUUUAGCCGCUUUACUUCUUCUCCACGGCGCAGAUUUCACGGAGAUGCUGCGGGACGUGGGCCUCGCACGGAAGGGGCACAUCAAGUGCGGAAUGGACUUCUUAUUUGAAAAGGAGGAUUUUCCAACUGGGCCGAUGAUGAAUAACAACGGGGCGCUCCAACUCCCGGGAAUUACCGACAAAAACCACAUUUUCUUGCGGCACAAGAUCGCCGCCUGGAUCAAGCGCGAUGGACCCUUUGCGUUUGAGUUGCUGCAGAAUUUGGAGAAGCAGUUACUGCCCGGAGGUUCAUCCGCAAUACAAAGGUUCUCGCCAGGGGUGUCGUCUUCAAAUUCCCGGCCCACGUCUACCUCCAAAUCCUCGAAUCUUUUCGGCCGGACCAGCGGGCCGAGCGGGGGGCUCCCGUCGUCGCUAGCGGCAUCCUCGUCGCACAGUGCAAGCCAGAAAGAAAAACAAGCUACUGCUCAAGAACUUUCGAAUUACUAUCAGCAGCCGGCGCAGCAAACGUACGCCAUUCCGGUUGAAGAUCCACCUCUGGCUCCUACUCCGGGUGGCAGUGCCGGGAGCCAACACGCCUUUCCGGACGCGAAUCUAACCGCACGGAUAUUAAUUGCAGCCCAGGGGGACAAGAAUUCAGCCGUCGACGUCCACCGCAUUGAUCAUGUGUUGAAAAUAAAUGAAUCAAAUUUAUUGUUCACCACGAGCCAGCGCGACGAAAGCGCGGACACCUUGUUGAGACGACCCGGAGGUCCUCUGGUAUUUGCUGGUGGUGGUACAACGGCGCAAUUUUUACAGCCGAGAGCUUCUUCCUCCUCGUCCAGCACAACUGGUGUGCUCCCUUCAGGACCAGGGGCAGGCGCAGCUUCUGGUACAACACCGGGCACUUCUACGCAUCAAGCUGGAACUCCAGCACCAACUCCCCGAACCCCGUCAACACUGUUGAUACCCGGUGUAAAAUCCCGGAACUCUCCGGAAAACAAAAAAUUCUUCGGCAUGCACCUGCCAAGUGAGGUUUUGGAACGGAUGCAGGCAGGGGAGACGUGGAUAUCAACUGCAAAAAUGUCUGCGUCUGGAAGAAUGCGCGAUUUGUCAUGCAGCUUUUCCAUGACCCAUGAGACCUGGAAUGCAGGACCUAGCAUGACAGAUUCUGUGCGAUCUCUCUCAUACCUAUCCUGCAUGAGAAAAUCCCUCCCGACUUGGUCGAAACUGGACGACUUUUGGUAAUCAUGCAACACAGAUUUUUGCACGUUUCAGAUUUAGCAUGACAAGUUGCAUGAUUCUUCCAGACCUCCCAGACACUUUUACAGUUGAUAGUGGAGACGCUUGGACGACAAAUUCUACUACUUUCAGCCGAGGGACUAUGGGAGUGUCAGGAUCGAAAUCGACAAAGUCGAAAAAUUUGUCAUGCAUAAAGUGUAGGGCACGCGAGGCCUGUAUUGGGGAACAGGCAAAUGAGACCGAUUGCAAGCCUGUUUAGGGGUACGGGUAUACAAUGUGUUGCCAGAGUAGCAUUACAGGAGCAGUCUGCUUUGCCCACACAGCACGACAGACUGGAUUUUGGUGGUCCCAAAAUUUGUCAUGCGCCAAUUGGAAACUGAGGCUCCAACUGGCAUCGAUUUUGUGCAUCACAAAUUUUUCGAUUUUGUCGAUUUCGAUUCUGACACUUCCAUAGGGACAACGUCGCAUUUCUCACUUCGAUCGCAGACUACCUCCAGCACCAAUACAACAGCCCUAGUACAAGCGUACAACCUCCCGAUGAGAAGGUGGAGAAGGAACAGGUAUUCUGUGUAAAAACGUCCCUACCCCAGAGACAAGGUGGGAAAUCUGCUAGACAAAUGCGCCAGCAUUAGUUGUUGCCGUUGCGCGUGACAAGUUUGCCCUCGUAGUUUUUUCAUCCUGUUUAGUUACUCCAGGAGCAUCACAGAUCUAGCAUCUUAUGCUGAUUCGAGCAUCACGAAUUCCACAACACGACUAGAAAAUGCUUCGCAUGGGGCUCCGCAUGCGAAAUAUUUCAAGCGUGCAGACUUGCAUGACAACUCUGUGGCGGGGACGUUUUUCUUUUUGCUCAGGAUAACAGGCCUUGCUAUUGCGCGAAUUGGUUCUGGUUCUCCGCGAACUGAACGCGUUGCACUUGCAACGAGCGUAUCAACUGCAAAAAUGUCUGGGUCUAGAAGAAUACAAACUUGUGAUGCGCAUUUCAGAACACAGAAAAAUCUCUCAUGCAUAGGCAGCAAAAGUUGCCCACUUUCUGUCACCAAAAUGGGGGUUUUGUCAUGCGGAUUCGGCAUUGCGGAAGCUUCUCGAAACCUGUGAUGUUAGAGCUUCCAUGCCAGACCUUUUGUGUCAUGCAAAAACAGCAUGACUCUUCCAGACCCAGACACUUUUGCAUUUGAUAGAGCGGAGAACGUACGGAAGGGGUUGCUAGUUGUACCAAUGAAGCACCAGGUCGUGAGAAGUACCACUAGCGGCUCAUCAGCGGUCAACAGCGCAGCAGGAGCCGGAAAGAUGAUGAUGAAAAAAACUUCAACUUCUUCUGUGAAGGGGCAAGAAGAUGAAUCGGUUUUUCAAGUGCCGCAAAUCCAGACCGUUUCGCCCUCCCCCGUCGAGCCGGAAGAGGAGGAGAGCGACCCGAGCGAGGCGCACGCGGAAAUUUUUGUGUCGCCGAGGCAGACCUACCGCCGGGGAAGGACGGCUUCUACAGGAGACGCGACGACUCCCACGACGUUAUGCGCCGGAAGAAAGAGUCAGCACGUAGAAGAAGAUCACGACGCAACAACCUCCUCCGCGUCGAGUGCAGCUGCCGGCACGGCGAAAGAUCGGCUCAACCGGAACGAUGUGAAAAUCCGGAAAAUCAAAGCGGUGAUGAAAAACCGAGACAAGAACUUCUCAUCGCCCCGUAUGACCCGCUCAGGUGUUACAAUCUCAAACGUUGCAAUAGAAUCUGGGAUUUGUCUUGCAUGAUGAGCAUGACAGAAUCGCAGAGCAUUCUACUUUCUGCAAUACAAAUGUCGCCAGAUUCUAGUGCGCUUUGGGGCUCCGAUGAAACUUGUCAUGCGCAAUCCUGUGGGAGUAGGCCAGAUGUUGCGCAUUUUGCAACACAAGUUCCAGAUUCCACUGUAACGUUUGAAAUUGUAACACCUGAGCAGGUUAUACCCCGGAGUGGUCCGAAGACUACACGACAAGCAUGGGCAACAAAAAGUUCUUCGACGGGUGUAGAGGUAGUUUCAACUGCAUCAUCUCCAGGACAAAGUGCUACUCCUAGUCCUAAGUCGAUGCUUUCCCCAGGAAAUAAACACAACAAACUCUUCAAGCGAGUCCUAGCCUCUUCUCCAACAGGAGCGGCGGACCACAUCACUAGGGAAGAUGAAUUUUUGCACGACGAGGAGGGCCACACAACAAGCCCGACGACAUGUGUACUAGCUGCAGACGAUCAAGGCUCAGGUUCUGACGCACGGGAGGAGUUUGUGAUUGAAGAUCGCAAUUGCUGGGCCCUCGACGGAGGUGAAACAUGUGCGGAUCAACACCUGCGUCAGCUUCAGGAAGAAAACAGUCGCUUUGGAACAACCACCAUGAUGACCAGCCUCGGGGACGCGAUGUUGGAGCUUGACCACCCGGCUCUGGGUAUGUAAGGAAAAGCUAUAAAUAGGUUUUGCAUAGUUCCUUCGUGAUAUCCAGGCAUGACAGACUUUUCGUCGUGUCUUGGAUUUGCAUAUAAUACAAACCUGCGUUUACAUUUUUGCAUGGGAGGUGUAUUUUAGUUUUUACGAGAACAACUAGUACGUAUGAAGUUGGUGUACUACCGCGCGAUGUAUGCAAAUCCCCAUGCUUGGAAAUCUUUCCCCUGCAUGAUGCACCACUUCGAAUUGGAGAAUCCAGAAUUCUGCAGGGAGUGGUGGAACCGCCAAAGCUCUUCCGAUAUGAAAUGCAAAAGUUGUAUCGUACUAGUUCUAGUAAGUAGUAGUAAUCGCAUUGCAAAUUUUCUCAGCAUGACAAAUGAUGGUUUAGCUUGGAAUAGGCUUAGAUUUGUAAUGCAUGAAUGCGAUUUUUACUACGAGUGCGAUACUUUUGCACAGGAUAUCCGAUAAACCGCAUUGCGGGUGA